AUGGUCACGGCCGUGAGGCUGGAGGCUCAUCAGAGUCAGGGGGGUUGCGGCUGUGAAACCUCCAUUCCACGCGAUUUUGGUAUGCAGUGCAUGUAUCGCAAAUCAGCACCGGACAGCAAGUUCCACAACCUUUAUGCCGGUGACCUGAAGCCUUGGUUAUCUCUUCUGCACGACAAGCUUUUUGCACCAUGGCGCGCUUCACUCAAAUUGCUGCCCUCUUGGCGGCUGCGACGCUUUAGCAGCGCUCGUACGCCUUUCAUCAAGGAGCGUCAGGUACCCGCUGACCCUACUGGCGUCACGACCAUCACCUCCGCCCAGGGUGCUCAGAUUAGGUACAAGCAGCCCGGAAAGGCUGGAGUGUGUGAAACCACCCCAGGUGUCGAUGACUAUGCCGGAUAUAUCAGCCUGAACCCGACGACCAACAUGUUCUUCUGGUUCUUCGAGGCUCGCGAGAACCCCACUGAAAAGCCAUUGACAUUGUGGCUGAACGGUGGACCGGGAAGUGACUCCCUAAUCGGUCUCUUCCAGGAACAUGGCCCAUGCAAUGUUACAGAGGAUCUCAAGACGCAGUUGAACCCCUACUCAUGGAACGAGCAUAGCAACAUGCUCUAUCUGUCACAGCCCGUGGGUGUCGGUUUCUCAUACGAGACUACCGAGACCGACAGCGACGGUAGAUACUCGCUUGUCGACCCAGACACGGCAAACACCACCGACUUUGCAGCGGUUGGUGCGUGGCACAUCCUCCAGGCUUUUUUGGAGCUGAGCCCUCAGCUCGACCCGGAUAUCACCAACUUCACAUUCAAUCUGUGGACUGAGAGCUACGGUGGACAUUACGGCCCGGGUUUCUACAACUACUUCUACCAGCAAAACGAGAAGAUCCGCAAUGGCUCAGCUGCUGGUGUCGAAGUACAGAUGGAUACUCUCGGUAUAAUCAACGGUAUCGUUGAUGAGCAGAUCCAAGCUCCUUACUACCCCGAGUUUGCUGUCAACAACACCUACGGCAUCAAGUCAAUCAACGACACCAUUUACACCUUCAUGAAGCAGGCCUACUACAUGCCCGAAGGUUGCCAUGACCAAAUUGAGUACUGCAGGCAAUCUGAUCGUACCACCGAAGAUGGCUACCUUACUUGCUCAUCUGCCACUAACCUGUGCCGUUCCCUGGUCGAAGAGCCCUACUACGCUUUCGGCGGCCGUGGUGUCUACGACAUUCGCCACCCUUACGAUGACCCGACACCACCAGACUACUUUGAGUACUUCCUCAACCUCGCCAGUACCCAGGAAGCAAUCGGCGUCAACAUCAACUACACCAGCACCAACGCCCCCAACGUAUCACUUGGAUUCCAACAAACCGGCGACUUUGUCUUCCCCAACUUCAUCGAAGACCUCGAGGAGAUCCUCGGCUACGGUGUCCGCGUCGCCAUGCUCUACGGUGACGCCGACUACAUCUGCAACUGGUUCGGUGGUGAAGCUGUCUCCCUAGCCGUCAACUACACCGACUCGGAAGCUUUCCGCGCAGCCGGCUACACGCCUUUCCUCGUUGACGGCGUUGAGUACGGUGAGGUCCGCGAGUACGGCAACUUCUCUUUCACCAGGAUCUACGAGGCUGGUCACGAGGUGCCAUACUACCAGCCAGUUGCUAGCUUGGAACACUUUAAGCGUGUGCUAGAUCAUGUCAUCAUUUCCGAUGGCAGCAAGGUUGUUACCGAUGAUUACAGCACAAAUGGAACGGCAAAGGCGACGCAUACAGAGCCUUAUGUGCCGCUGCCCCCGCCUACGGCGACACCUAGCUCGAAUGCUACCGCAAAUAUGCUGAGGUUCAGGAGGGACUCGUACUAGAGUCUUGAAGGGGUGGCAUGUAGAUAGCUAAUACGCCGUGUUUUUACAUCUGCACGUCGUCUAAUCUAAUGAGCUUACAUCA